AGCCAGCUCCACAAUAGGAAGCCAGUCUGUGGCUGCACAGUGUUAGGAAAGUUUCUGUUCUGAGACGGUGCUGCAGUUACAAUAUUGCAGUGAAUUCCUUCUCCUGGGAUCUUUCGACUCUCCAGGGAAACCUUCCAGGUCCAACUCUGAUCCUACCGCCAUGGCAUCUGUUCCUUCAGCUGGCUGUUUGCUUGCAGCACGGAAUCAAUAUUAUAGAACCCGAGUCCAUUCCACAUCAGAUGGAACCUCCAGUGGGCUAUGCCGUUUGGAAAAUGCCAUGGAGCAUGAAAAACCCCAUCAAGGAUUUCUUCUCGCACUGGAGAAAUGUUUGUGGUUAAAGAAUUUUCUGAACUGUGAGCCUGCUCAUCACCCUGUUAACACAGGGCUAUCCACAGGAAGUGGUCAUCGUUGAUCAAGGAUGAUUCUUUGACAAAUGGUUUCUAUGGAUUGUGUUUUAAUCUACAGUAUUUGGUAUUAUGUUGCCACUGACUCAGGGAAUUAGUUGCAGUUUACAUAGAGAUUUGAACUGCCUUGAAAUAGCUGAUGCCCAUCUCGAGCAGCAAGUGAUGUUAUCAUCAACAGUGUUGUUUUUAAAAAAUUAUUUUCCAACUAAAGCAAUUUACAAAAGAGCAUGUUGAUGAUUUUCAAACAAUCCAAGUUAGGAUAUUAAGAAGGGGGAAAACUAAUUUUAAAAACCUGAAGGACUUGUCACAUUUUGGCCAAAGUUAAAUAACUUUUUGAUAGUUUCCUCAAUUCAGCAUAAUAUCUUUGUAGCAUAAACAAAUGUUGACAUAAUGUCUUCAUGUGGCAGUGUACAGUGUCUUUUACAAUACGUAGAAUUUUUAUUUAUAUUUUGGUUAUUUGCUGUAUACUGUUCUUUAUAUUAUUAACUGUUUUUUGAGUUGUCUAAUAAAUGACAUACUGCUUGAGAAAGGAUGACCAUGUGUCAGAAAACCCAUUUGCUUUACUGUGAGAACAUUUUUUGUUUGAAAAAGUUUUUUAAAAAAAAACUGCAAUUUUUUUUUUAAUGAGACAAGUAAUAGAUGGCAGGCUAUCAUUCUUCAUGUUAAUUUUAAUGAAAAAGUUGAUUUGAAUGCAAAUUUGGAAAUUCUGUUUUCUCAAUGCCUCUCUUUUUUAAGGGGAGUAAUUUCAAUUCUUACUUUGUUGGAGUUUGGUCAAGUAGAUUUCAUAUUUCUUCUUAGAAUUUGAAGUAGAAUUCCUACAGUGUGGAAACUGG